GGCGACCCCCUGAGUUGGGGCCUGCCCAGCUACCCCUUUGGCCGAAACCCACCAGUCGUCGCCAUGGCAUGCAGUUUGCAGAAGCUAUUUGCUGUGGAAGAGGAGUUUGAAGAUGAGGAUUUCUUGUCUGCUGUGGAGGAUGUAGAGAACCAGUUUGCAGGCUCACGGCCUACGAAUGCUGGAUGCCUCAGGCCUGUGCCUCCAAGGCCACAAGAGACUGUGCAGGCACAGUCUUCCAGGCAGCUGCCAUCAGGCCCCACUACUCCUUCAGAGGCUUCGGGCCUACCAGCCCUGGGUCUCCGCCUUCCUACCUCCAGUAUGCUCAGGGGUCCACCUUUCACAGGAACAACCUCCCUAAAGCCUGUCUCGACUUCCAACAGCUGGACCGGCAAUCAGAGAAGAGUGACACUGACAGAAGUGCUCAGAGAGCCAGCAAGGCCCCUGACCUCCCACCCUCCGCUUACGUUUGAGAGCCAACAGCAGGGGAUUGGUGGCUUUGAGGGACCUGAACAAGAUGAAUUUGAUAAGGUUCUGGCAAGCAUGGAGCUAGAAGGACCUGGCACAGAGCUGGAACUUGGAGUUGGCAGUGAGACCACAGGAAUCCUGCCUACCUUACAGCGGGAAGACUCAGUAUUGGCUAAAAAGGCUCGGGUGGCUGAUUUGAGCAGAUCUUGCCAAAAGGGGCCAAUGCCCGCCCCCCACAUAACUAGUAUCACGUCAGCUCAGGAUCAGCCUCCAGAUUCUAUUGUCCACUGUAGGCCUCCACAGCCCCACUUGAGACCUGGUGCCACGGGUAACCUUCCUAUUCCAACUGCCUCGACAGUUCCUGCUCAACAACCCCAAUGGGAAGUCUCUCCCAAAGGUCCCCCUCUUCGAGCACCCCAGCCUCUCCAAGCUGCUGGCAGGCCUGUUCAGAGAAGUCCUCAAAAUCAUGGCACCAGUCAGCCAUUCCAAUCUCCAAAUGCCUGCUUGAGUGGCAAAUCUCAUUUUCCUGGCCCACGAACUCCCAACUCAAACUGUUCUACUCCCUCAAGGACUGUCUCUGGAUUUUUCCCUCAGGGGCCCUUACGGCCCCGAGCUCCAGUGUCUUCUGUUGAGUCUCCUAUCAGCACCCCAAAGGGCCCCCAUUCCUCUCUGGUUCCCCAAGCAUCUCUGCAGACACCCAUAGUCACCAACCACUUGGUGCAGCUGGUCACUGCUGCCAACCGGACACCGCAGCCACCCACACGAACUGCCCCCCAAGCCAAAGCACGCCGCUUCCCUGGCCCAGCAGGGAUCCUGCCUCACCAGCACAGUGGGAAAAGUCUGGAGGAGAUCAUGGUUUCCACGCCCCAGACUCCGACUCAUGGUGCUCUGGCUAAAUUCCAGACAGAGAUUGUUACAAGUUCCCAGGCAUCGGUGGAGGAGGAUUUUGGGCGAGGGCCUUGGCUGACCAUGAAAUCUGCUUUGGGCCUGGAUGAGAGAGACCCCACCUGCUUCCUCUCUACCUACAGCAUUGUCAUGGUGCUACGGAAGGCAGCCCUGAAGCAGCUUCCCAGGAACAAGGUCCCCAACAUGGCAGUGAUGAUCAAGUCCCUGACUCGGAGCACAAUGGACGCCAGUGUGGUUUUCAAGGACCCCACGGGAGAGAUGCAGGGCACGGUGCAUAGGUUGCUGCUCGAGACACGCCAAAAUGAGCUGAAGCCUGGCUCAGUGCUGCUGCUGAAGCAGAUUGGAGUGUUUUCUCCUUCACUCCGAAACCACUACCUCAACGUGACGCCCAACAACCUGGUCCAUAUUUACAGCCCAGAUUCUGGGGAUGGGAACUUCCUCAAGCCAUUUCAACCCUUCCCCAAGGAUCCAGGAAGCUUCCAUGACAGCCUGCAGCCUGAGACAGCGAAGCCCAAGAAAAGCCUCAGAACAGCACAGAACCCAGAGGCAGGAGCAUCCCCUGAGGAAGAACUCCCAGAAGCAGAUGACCUGGAUGGACUCCUGAGUGAGCUCCCUGAAGACUUCUUCUGUGGGACCAGCAGCUGGAACUGCCCCAAGGCAGGGCACCCACUGUGAGCAGGCAGCCUCUGAGCACCCAGGUGAGGCUCUG